AUGGAAUUAGCUUUAUCUGGAUUAACUCUAUUGUAUGUUAAUAUAAGACGGUUUGAUUACGCGGAGUUUGUAAAUGGUGCGAUGAAAGUAUUCAUAAAAUCAUUUGUAUUUAUCGUAUCAUGUGCAGUGACGCCUUUUUUAAAAUUAGCAGCUUUUAAAAAAAUAAAUCGCUGCCCAGCUAUUUCUAAUAAAUUAUUAUUUAUUCCUGCUAAUGAAUUAGCAAGAAGAAUACGCAGAAAAGAGAUAACCAGUGAAGAAAUAGUAAGAGCGUACAUAGAACGAUGUCUAGAAGUAAAUCCAGUGCUAAAUGCUAUAGUGGAAAAUCGGUUCGAAGCUGCAAUCAAGGAAGCACGUGAAGUCGAUCUGCUUGUGAAAUCCGGGACCAGGUCUGAAGAACUACUGGCUCGAGAUACUCCACUUCUUGGUAUUCCCGUCACUGUUAAAGAAAGUAUCGCUGUUGAAGGAAUGAGUCAUGCUGCUGGACGUGAAACGAAGGAACCAGCAAUCGCACUAUGUGACGCGGACGCAGUCCAACGUGUCAGAAGAGCCGGUGGUAUAAUUAUCCUUGUUAGUAAUACCCCAGAGAUGUGCAUGUGUUGGGAGACUUAUAACAACGUGACCGGCACAACAUUGAAUCCAUAUGAUACACGGAGAACAUCUGGUGGUUCUUCUGGAGGGGAGGUUAAUAUCAAGGAUAUUAAUUUCUACUACUUUGAAGAAAUACCAUCAUUUCUUACUCACAAAAUAAAUUCUGAAAUAAUAACCGGUAUUCACAAGUUUAUUCAACAUUUGGAAAGCUCUCAAGGAAUUAAAACUCACAAGGCUGAUAUACCGGAUCUUAAGUAUGCUUUUGAAGCAUCAUCAACUAUGCUUCUUAAACUGGAAGGUGUUGAUACUGUUUUCGAUGAAGAAACAAACGCUCCUUUAGAUAUUCUUGGUGAUAAUGGCGUUAUAAUAUGCCCGACAUUUAUUGAUGGGCCUCAUUAUCCUUAUGAAAUUUAUCCAAGAGUUUGUAAUGUUACUUAUAUGAUGAUCUUCAAUGCAAUCGGCCUUCCUGUAACUCAAUGUCCUGUUGGGCUUAAUAAAAAUGGUCUUCCUAUUGGAUUUCAGGUUGUUGGAAAUAUAGGACAAGAUCAUUUGACAAUCGCCGUAGCGCGAGAAGUCGAACGAAUUUUUGGCGGCUGGAAACCACCACCAAGUUGUUAA